GGCUACGACCGCCGUCACCUCGCUCAGGGCAGUGGUGCAUUCGGUCACCGGUCGCACGACGUGCGUCGGUGCGAUGAUCCACCUCGUACCGCCCCAGGAAGAGAAGCGCGACGCUACGCAGUGGGCGGGCAAGCUGCCAGUAGACCACGAGGUACCUCCUCAGUACACACCUCCGGGUAUUGGCAAAGAUGCCGACUUCCUCGUCGCACCUCAGGAGGAGAAGAUUACGACAUCGAGAGCGGGAAAUUGUCUUGACCGGCUAGAGAAGGAGAUCAACAAGCACGGCAUCGCUGAUACUUCGACCAACGAUGAGCGGGCACGCGACAGGCAGAUCGCCAGUUCCGUUCUCGCCGGCGCGGCCGGUGUUACUGGAGAAGACCUCAGCACGACGGAGAACAAACAUGUGGUGUAGAUCACGGACGAGACACAUACUUGGAAGUCAUGGCAUAAGGCGAAUCAUCAUGUAUCACUAGACGUGUAACAUAUUACUCCAUCCAUCGCAUACAACAAAGUCGCGCAUUUCAAUCAUUCUAACCGGCA